AUGGGUUACAUCGCAUUAGCCAUGGGAUUCAAGCGUUUCACGUACACAGAACUAAAAAGAGCCACCGAUGGCUUCAAACAGGAGGUAGGAAAAGGUGGCUUUGGAACUGUGUAUAAAGGUGUUCUAGAUGAUGAAAGAGUUGUUGCUGUGAAGAGACUAGAUGGCAUCUUGCAAGGAGAUGCAGAGUUUUGGGCAGAGGUGAGUGUGAUAGGGAAUCUCAAUCACAGGAACUUGGUUAAACUAUGGGGUUUCUGUGCUGACAAUGAGCAUAAGCUGCUCGUUUAUGAGUACCUGGAGAAUGGAUCACUGGACAAAAUCUUGUUCACAUCAGAUGGGGAACUAGGAUUGCAGCAGAGAUACAACAUUGCUCUUGGCACAGCAAAGGGUUUGUCAUAUUUACAUGAGGAAUGCCUAGAAUGGGUACUCCAUUGUGAUGUAAAGCCUCAAAACAUACUGUUAGAUGACCACCUUGAACCUAAAGUGGCAGACUUUGGCAUGUCAAAACUAUUCAAAGACAUCCAUGGCAUCAAGGACAUUGAUGGGAUGAGAUUUUCGAAAGCGCGAGGCACCAGAGGCUAUAUGGCUCCAGAGUGGAUGAUGAACCUGAAAAUUGAUGCAAAGGCAGAUGUCUAUAGCUAUGGGAUUGUUUUGUUGGAACUACUGAGUGGAAAGAGUGCUUCUAUUAUAGUUUCGGCUCUUGCCAAAGAGUACAAUGAAUGCAACCAGUUGGCACAAUGUGUGACUGAAAAUAUCAGAGAAGAAGGGCUUGAUGAAGUACUUGAUCCUAGACUACUUUGUGAACUCGAUAAGAAGAAGCUCGAAAGAUUGAUGGAAGUUGCUCUACUGUGUGUUCAAGAUGAUUGCAGUGCAAGGCCAGACAUGAGUAAGGUUGUGGAGCUUCUACUUGAAAAUGACGAGUAA